CAACUCUGCACCUCACCGCAACGCUUUCUCCACGACAUUCGUUUGGCCAACGACGAACUAGUUUCACUUUCGCUCAGAAUCGCCGAAGACUGAUAUGGAUGUUCUGAUUGUUUAUCCUAUCUGAUCAGCCCAAGUGAUGAUAGUCUACGGCUCUUAUCGCAUUUACGUCCCUGCGGCACCCGAGACAUGACAUCACUUACUCUCUUGCUAUAUCCCGACAAUCUUAUUUUCGGUCUCUAGGAGAUAAACGGUGCUCAGAUGAUAUAGAAACCGCCCUGGCUCUAGCGGCAACGCUCACGGGACAUUACACGAUUUUGGCGGUAAAAAAGGGGAAAGAAUGGAAAACGAAUAUUCCACCGCCCAACGAAGCAAAUUCCGCUUCAAAUCCAAACACCGCGCCUCGCGCUCCAGAUCAAAAUCAGAAACGCCACACGAUGAUGGCAGCGAUGGUACUAAAUCACAAUCAUCAUCCCACCCGCGCCGCUAUCGCCGUCGACAUCAUCGCCACCGGCCCUCUAAACGCCACAAGUCUUCCAAUACCCCCCCUCCAACGUAUGAAGAGCCUCCUGAACUGUCUCCCGACGCUGCAUUCCGUGAAUCCCUCUUCGACGCCUUAGCUGACGAUGAAGGCGCGGCAUACUGGGAGUCGGUAUAUGGCCAGCCGAUUCAUACCUACGCCCGUCCGGAUUUGGGUGGUGAGCUAGAGCAGAUGACAGAUGAGGAAUAUGCGGCAUAUGUGCGUGCGCGCAUGUGGGAAAAGACCCAUGAGGCGGUUUUUGAGGAGAGGGAGCGAAGGAAGAAGGAGCGGGAGAGGCAAAGGGAUGAUAAUAGGCGGACGCAAGGGGGGAGCGAACGCGAGUCGUUUGAGAGGAUGAUUGAGGAGAGUUUACGGAGGGGCCAGGAGAGGAAGAUGAAGAAGCGUACGGCGGAUGUUUGGUUGGAUAUCUGGAGAAGGUAUUUGGAUACUUGGGAGGAUUUGAAUGCGCGAGCUCGUGCUGCGGCGUCGAAAGCAGCAACAGCAUCAUCGUCGUCGACUUCGAAGGAUACCGGCCCUUCAGUUGACAAAAUGAACGAAAAACUUCGAAAUCUCAUUUUUUGGCCUGUUGAAUCGGGUAAGCGAAGAGAUAUUACUCCCGGGGCCGUGGAGACGUUUAUGCGGAACGCGCCUAUUCCCACCCCGGCGGACACCCCUGCCUCUGGUUUAGAGCAGCGGGGAAAGCUUCAGUCCCACCCAUCUGACCUUCUUACUGUUUUGAAAAUUGAACGGGUCAGAUGGCAUCCGGAUAAAAUGCAACAUCGAUAUGGAGCACUUGGGAUGGAGGAUCAGCUCAUAAAGGGCGCCACAGAGGUUUUCCAAAUACUAGAUCGUAUGUGGGUGAAGGAGCGCGAGCUGCGGGAUAAGGGAUGAUGGAUUCAUAGGAUGAUGGGUUCAUGAUAUAUUCUACGAUUUUCUUCCACGCGUGGGAUUCAAUUUUGGGAGUUCAUUUCUGAAACUCAUUCUACAGCCCCUUGUUGACACAAUAUUGCUGAUCAUGACCAGAUAUUGGUCAGAUAAAGGCAGAUUAUUGGAGAUUUUGGAAGUGCUGGCGGCAAUAUGCGGGGACACUCACCCCUGCCGUUCUGGUAGCUAACCUGUCGAGGCAUUUGGAACUGGCAUCUCUUGCUUCGUUAUGUCACCUUGGCACUCUAAAUAGGCAAACAUUUUCGAGGACAACACCACGGCUAAGGUGGACAUGACAUCCGGAGAUUUCUUUUGUUCAGACAACAUGGAAAAAAUCCUAUGAGUAGCCUUAUUGUGGAGAUAUAGCCAACCUACAUCUCAAUACUACUGCACUAAACUCAACCCCAGCCGCGAAAUUCAAUUCUCGUCUUGAAAAUAUCCGGUCGCCCAAGACAAACUGACCUCGUACCUUAGCUUCGGUCAUAUCAUGGGAGUUCUAAGUGACAGAAGCUUAGCUUUUUUUUCUUCGUACCUGUGGGGACCGGCCAAUGACAUAAAAUAAGCGAAUGCCACGAGGCCGUAUGACAGAGGCAUGGAUGCCACUGGAUGGUUGUGCUUUGGAGUCUGCACUCCUGUUAAAUGGGGCCAUACUAGCGCGAGAUCCCCUUUCUAAAAUAGUAGCUAAAUCAAGAGGACGUCAUCGCCAAAAAUCUAUUUUUAGAGAAAGUCGAUACGAAUAAUGUGAAGCUAUAAGCCUCAUCUCUUUUAUUUCGUUAGAGAAAUAAUAAAGCUGGAUAAAUAUCUGAUGGCGUGGACCUCACCUACAUAGGUAUUAUAUACAUCCAUUAAUCCAAAUGAGGAAAAGACGGGAUCUAAAAAUAAACAUCUCGG